UGAUUAUUAGCCCCGCCUCUUCCUCUCGGUCCCAUAUUGAACUCGAGUUGGAAGAGGCGAGUCCGGUCUCAAAAUGGAGGUAAAACCGCCGCCCGGUCGCCCCCAGCCUGACUCCGGCCGUCGCCGCCGCCGCCGGGGGGAGGAGGGCCAUGAUCCAAAGGAACCAGAACAGCUGAGGAAGCUGUUUAUUGGUGGUCUGAGCUUUGAAACCACAGAUGAUAGCUUAAGAGAGCAUUUUGAGAAAUGGGGCACACUUACAGACUGUGUGGUAAUGAGAGAUCCCCAAACAAAACGAUCCAGAGGCUUUGGUUUUGUGACCUACUCUUGUGUUGAAGAGGUGGACGCUGCAAUGUGUGCUCGGCCACACAAGGUUGAUGGGCGUGUGGUGGAACCAAAGAGAGCUGUUUCUAGAGAGGAUUCUGUAAAGCCUGGUGCCCAUUUAACAGUGAAGAAAAUUUUUGUUGGUGGUAUUAAAGAAGAUACAGAAGAAUAUAAUCUGAGAGACUACUUUGAAAAGUAUGGCAAGAUUGAGACCAUAGAAGUUAUGGAAGACAGACAGAGUGGAAAAAAGAGAGGAUUUGCUUUUGUAACUUUUGAUGAUCAUGACACAGUUGAUAAAAUUGUUGUUCAGAAAUACCACACUAUUAAUGGGCAUAAUUGUGAAGUGAAAAAGGCUCUUUCUAAACAAGAGAUGCAGUCUGCUGGAUCACAGAGAGGUCGUGGAGGUGGAUCUGGCAACUUUAUGGGUCGUGGUGGAAACUUUGGAGGUGGUGGAGGUAACUUUGGUCGAGGUGGAAACUUUGGUGGAAGAGGAGGAUAUGGUGGUGGAGGAGGUGGCAGCAGAGGUAGUUACGGAGGUGGUGAUGGUGGAUAUAAUGGAUUUGGAGGUGAUGGUGGCAACUAUGGUGGAGGUCCUGGUUACAGUAGUAGAGGAGGCUAUGGUGGUGGUGGACCAGGCUAUGGAAACCAAGGUGGUGGAUAUGGUGGAGGAGGAGGAGGAUAUGAUGGUUACAAUGAAGGAGGAAAUUUUGGUGGAGGUAACUAUGGUGGUGGUGGGAACUAUAAUGACUUUGGAAAUUAUAGCGGACAACAGCAGUCAAAUUAUGGACCCAUGAAGGGGGGCAGUUUUGGUGGAAGAAGCUCAGGCAGUCCCUAUGGUGGUGGCUAUGGAUCUGGUGGUGGAAGUGGUGGAUAUGGUAGCAGAAGGUUUUAAAAAAAACAAAAAACAAAAAACAAAAAAAC